GGGAAGGCCAGGGGAGCGGGAGGGUACCAGGACUUGCUCUGCUAGGGCGGUGGCGUGGGAGGGAAGGUAGAACUACUACUCGAAGGCUGAGAGAGGCCGCCUUGGAGGAACCGUGGCUUUAGGUGAAAGACAAUCUGUGGUCGCGACCUUGGGUCGUGGGGUUGCAGAACUUUGCCCUGGGCCGGGUCUCUUCGCCAGUUCUGCGCUUCGCUGUCCACGCCCCCACUUUCCCGUCCACGCUCCGCCUCCCGCUGGCGGGCUGGUCCGCGACGGUGGAAGUGACGCAAGCCCUGGGCCCGAGGGCCGCGCCGUGGACGCCGGCACUUGUUCGGGGCACCACCCGAAUCGGUCUGGAGCAGCAUGGCUCUUCUCCUCUUCCUCGCCCUUAUCACGCAGGCCGGGAGCGAGGCUAAGAUGAGCACCGCGGAUCCGGAGCUGUCCUCGGUGCCGAUGCCAACUAAUCUCAAAAUUGAGGCGUAUAACUGGAACACCAUUGUGUCUUGGGAUUACCCGCCCACACUCUGGAGCCCGGUGUUUACCGCCCAGGUGAAGACUUACGAGGACGCAACAUGGAUCGAUGCCUGCAAUACCUCUGAUCAUUCUUGUAAUAUAUUUCCUACGAUGUACAGUCCAUCAGAUCCUCUCUGGGCUAGAGUUAAAGCUAGGCUUGGUCAACAGGAAUCAGCCUAUGCAGAGUCAAAAGAAUUUAUUUUAUGCCAACAAGGGAAAUUUGGACCCCCUAAACUAGGUAUCAGAAAGAAGGAAGACCAGAUCAUUGUUGAUAUAUUUCACCCUUUAAUUACUACAAAUGGAAACGUCCCGGCAGUCGUAGACGAUGACGAUGACAAUAACUGUUACACAUUCACAUACAAAGUGUUUGUGAGGAUAAACAGAAGCGAGACCACAGAUAAAAUGUACAUAAAGAAUGAAGAUGAUUGUAAUGAGACUCAGUGCUUCUUGAGCAUUCCAGUGUCCUCGCUGAACUCUGAGUACUGUAUUUCAGCAGAAGGAGUCUCAGACGUGUGGGAUGUUACAACUGAGAAGUCUGAAGAAAUCUGUAUUACCAGUUUUGAUAGUGCCAGCACAGAAAAUUCUGUUUGGAUUCCAAUUGUUACUGCCUUAGUACUCUUCCUAGUACUUGCCCUGAUAGUUGCAUGUUAUCUAAUUAGGAAAAUGAAUCCAUUUAAGAGAGAAAACAUCAUGUUACCCAAAUCUUUGCUGUCUGUGGUAAAAAAUGCCUCUUCAGAGACAAAAUCUGAGUCAAAAUAUAUAUCACCCAUCACCUACCAGCCAAUUGCCCUAGAAAACGAACAGCUGUCUCCAGGGACAAUUUCAAGCGUGCAUACUGAAGACAAUCCAGGAAAAGCAGAACAUGGAGAAGAUUUUUCUAGUGAAACGCAAGUGGUGACCACUGAAGAACAUAUUUCUGACAUGGCCUCUAGUAGCUCUCUGACCCCAGUAAAGAGAGAGAAUUCUGUCCACUCGAGCAGUAACCAGUCUGAACACUGCAGCAUCACUUUAAAUGCGUAUCACUCCAGAAAUGGUUCUGAUAGUGGCCUUGUGGAAUCGGACAGCUGCUCUGACUCAGAAUUUCCGCCAAGUAAUAAAACUGAGAUAAAGUCAGAAGGACAAGAGUUCGUAGCACUGAGAAACACUACCACCUCCUUCGGUUAUGACAAACCACACGUGUUAGUGGAUCUGCUUGUGGAUGACGGUGGCAAGGAGUCCUUGAUUGGCUAUAGAGUCACAGCAGAAUCCGAGGAGUUUUCCUGAGAUCAGCCAAGAGGCACCAACUCAGAAGGAUCUGCCUGCUGUUCCCCAGCAGUUUUUCGGCUUUGAUGUCAUGAAAAGAUCAGGUUUUCAGAAAUUGUGUCUUGUUGCUAAUAACCCAAUGGAGUAUCUUGGUUUAGAUAAAAGUGUCAAGAGCCUCUUUGGCACUGUCUUAUUGGGUCUGAGAACAGCAGAGACUCUUUAAAAACAAAAACAGACCAUUGAACCUUUCCAUCUAGAUGUGCGAACAGCAACAGUGAAAGCGUCUCUAAUAACCCCGACUCCUAUGGUUGGCUGUGGUUGACUUCCCCAGGGUCCUUUCUAACCACUUAAAGAGAUAAAAUGGAUUUUUUUCUUUUUUGUGGCUUAGUGCGGUGUUUGUUUUUGGAGGUGUAUAUGUACAGUCUUUUCAAAUGUUUUGAGAAGCAGCCCUGAGUGCUUUUCAGAGUUGUACUUAAAAUUGUAAUGAAAUCAAUACAAUUAGUAGUGUAAAUAAAAACAUGUAUAUAUAUUUUUAUGCAACAUUGCAUGUAAAGGAUUUUUAAAUCAUUCUAAAAAUCAUUUUUGCAUUCAUUUACUCAAACACUUAGGCAGUUAGUUUACCUAGAAUAUUUUUUAUUCAUUUGCUUGUUUCUAUUUAUUAAUUUUUUUCCAUGCAUUAAUGUUGUAGAAUCAUUUUCUAAUUGUUUCUAUCAAAUCUUUAAAACAGUCCUAAAAAUAGCCUAAUCUUUAAAAAUGAUCCUUUUCUAUCUAUAUCUUAGUAUUUAGCAACCAGUGUGGAGAACACACAAGCUGUGUGUUCCAAAUAUGUGGGGGGAAGCAGAUUUAGCUGUAGAGCAGGUAGACGAGGUGUCUGCAGCGUAAAGAUGGGGGGCAAAGCCACAGAAGUGGGUGCACGCAAGCUGAGAGGCAUGAGGUGUGAGGAGAGAACCACAAUGUGGCCAUCCAAGAGUUUAUAUCACACGAAAAGUCUUGGGAAUUACUAAGAGGAUGGGAUUUUCAGACGCAAAUGAAUUAACUGACUCCAAAAAAAUGUCAAACACAAAUCAUGUGAAUAAGUUAACAAGCCAUGGGGAAAAAAAUCUUUCUCUUCACUUAAAAGUGCAAAUUAAAAUGAAGUGCUAGUUUAUUAGUGGAAAAACAUGGACUGGUAUGCUCACUUGUUUGAGGGACAGUGUCUUAUGAAAUGCUUUUUAAGCUGAUAUGAAUAUAUAUAUAACACUCUAUAAAAAUCCAUAUACUUUAUAGAAUCUAAUCUAUUGUGGGAAAAUUAUGAAAAUUAAGUCCCUAAGAUAAAUGAAAAAUGCAGGCCUUAGACUGGGAAGAGGCAAAUAUAUGAAAAUAAUGGAUACUGCCAAAGAGGAUAUUGCCUGCUCUGCAUAAGGACUUCAAUAGGCAUCACUGCCAAAUGUGAGUAGAAUUAUUUUCUUAUUCUAGCAAUACUAACUGAAAUUCAUCUUUGUAAUCUCUUAUAGAUAGAACAUUUUAAUGCUUUCAUUUGCAUUUCCUUCAUAGUAAAGUUGAGUAUAUUUUAUAUAUUAUGUGUCAAUACUUCUCCUGUGACUUGACUAAUCUUGUCUUUUGUCCAUUGCUUUUGGGCUAUUCAUGUGCUUUUUAUUGACUGUGUCCUUUGCCAUGAGUUACACAUUUAUAAUUUCUUGCCUUUUACCCAAGUCUUAUCACACAGAUGUUUAAAAUGUUUAUAAAGUCAAAUUUUUUCAUCUUUUCCUUCCAUUCUUAAAAAAGCUCCCCUUCCCGAAAAGAUAAAAAAUUUCACCCAUGUUUUCUUCUGCUAUUUGGGAGUCUUUGUUUAGUUUCUACAUUGAAUUCUUUUAUCUAUCCAGAUUUUUUUUUCAUGUAGGAAGUGAGAUAGGGCCCCAGCUUUAUUAAUUGGGUUUCUAGGACUGCCAGAACAAAUUAUCAGCCGUUUGGGUGGCUUACAACAACAGCCUUUUAUUCUUCUUUUUUUGUCUUUUUAAGGCUGCACCCGAGGCAUAUGAAAGUUCCAAGGCUAGGGGUCAAAUCCGAGCUGUUGCUGCAGCAACACUGGAUCCUUAACCCACUGAGCAAGGCCAGGGAUUGAACCUGCGUCCUCUUGGAUGCUAGUCAGGUUAAUUUCCACUGAGCCACAGCAGGAACUCCCAACAGACUUUUAUUCUCUCACAGUUGAGAGGCAGGGCCAAAUUCUGUCUGAUGGCUCUAGGGAGAGAUCCUUUCUUGCCUCUUACCAGCUUCUGGGGGUGCUGCCAAUCCUGCAAGCUAUGUUUCUCUGCCUCUCUUGUCCUGUUCCCCACUAUGUGUCUCUGUGUCCAGAUCCCUCUUUAUAAAAACCCCAGUCAUUGGAUCAGGGUCCACGUUAAUCCAGUAAAACCUCAUGUUAAUUUGAUUACAUCUGCAAACAGGCCAUUUCCCCAUAAGAUCACAUUCAUAGUUACUGUGGGUUAGGACUUAACGCAUCUUCUUGGGAGACACAACUCACCAUCUAUUUUCCCCUGAUAACUUAAGUCAUUUAUCCCACUACUAUUUAUUAACAUGUCCAAAAUUCCUGGGCUGAUUUCAAAUGUCAAAUGUGUCAUGCGCCAGUCCUCAGCUUACUCCUGGGACUGCUGACCAUUCAUUGUCUUUUCUUGUAUCUGUAGCAUAUUUUUAAUUAUUACAGCUUUCUGUGGGGGUUAACUUGUGAGGCCCUUCUCAGUACGUUAGGCCAAGCUUCACUGCUCAUGUUUCGGGCCAAGGAUUGUUCUUUCGUGUGAACUAUAGAAAUUUUUGCCAGGUUUUCCCCAACUUUGGAGGUCUUUCGAGGUCUUUUAUUUCUUGCAUUGACUUUGUACAAUGUUUAGGAAUAACUAGCACUUUCCAAAGUUGAUUGUUCUUUUGCAAGAAUGGAAUGUCUCUCUAAUGUUUAUUCAAUUCUUAUAUCCCUCAUUAGAGUAGGCCAUUUCUUAAAUUUAUUCUUUGAUAUUUUGUGUUAAUGAUGGCAAUAUAAUCUUGCAUUAUGUUUUUUGGUUUUUUUAUUUUUCUUUUUAGGGCUGCACCCUCGGCAUAUGGAGAUUCCCAGGCUAGGGGUCCAAUCGGAGCUGCAGCUGCUGGCCUACGCCACAGCCACAGCAAAGUGGGAUCUAAGCCUUGUACACCACAUACACCACAGCUCACAGCAAUGCCAGAUCCUUAACUCACUGAUCGAGGCUAGGGGUCGAACCUGCGUCCUCAUGGAUGCUAGUCGGUUCGUUAACUGCUGAGCCACAACGAGAACUCCCUGCAUUACGGUUUCUAAAUGACUGUAUGUAAGAAAAUUAUUGUUACAGAUUAUUUUUAAUCCAGCCAAUAUCCGAGCUUUUAUUCUUUCUUUAAAGUUUCAGUUGAUUGUCUGAUUCCCCCAGUUUACAACUGUUUCAUCUAUAAAUAAGGAUGGUCUUGGCUUCUCGUUGCCAGUAUUAAAUUUGUAUUUUAUUC